AUGAGGAGAUACAUCACGGCGUCCCUCGUCCUAGGGGCAAGCCUCGUGCAAUGUGCUGUCAACCUUGACGGUAACCAGGUCGUCGAACCUGUGGGCGAAGACGACCCCUCUCCCAUCGGCGACAUCAAGACAUACGAGCCGGACCAGCACGACUGCCCACUUCCUUGUGCACACCUUGAAAAUGUGCACACUUGGAUCACCUACUUCUCAGUCGACCGGCUCCGGCGAUGCCAGCAGCCUAUGCUGCUGCAGUUCUCGCCCACGCAGCCGCUGGACGAUCCGGCCACCACCGUGCUCAUCCGUGGCUGCACAUUCGGCGGCGCCGACGGCGGGGAGCCCAUCACCAUGGGGAACCCGAAGAAUUCUGACACCCUGUUCCAGUCUUCUCUGGACCAAGCUCCCGCGUGCAUGGUCUCAGGCGAGCAGGUCAUCAAGACUCUGCCGGUUGCGAGCACCAGCAGUGCCGACGGCGACGGAGCCAGCAACGUGGGCGAUGUGAAGCGUCUACUUGAGGCCAUGGGCGCCUACUUCAACGCGACUGAUAACUGUGACGAGAAGUUCCUGUUCGGCUACUACAAGCAGACCGUCGCGGGGAUUUACAUCGGAUCCGGCCUGGGCAAGGGCACUGUCGGUCCAGCCAUCGAUGCUCUGGCCGGACGCUUGCAGGCUGACGGUCGUGUGCCCAACCGCUUGGUCACGCAGCUCUGCGAGAGCGACGAGCCAUCAGGCGUGUUUGGUAUCGCCGUGGAUAACAUGGGCAACCUCGCCGCUGUCCAACAGACGGCUGCAGACUGGCACGCUGGAAAGUGCGCCGCCGGUGCCAACCUUGUGCCGUCGGGUGAGCUCAAGGGGGUGGCCGUCUUGGACAUUAUAAGUGCGACCGGGCUCAACGAUACUCUGAGCAACAAUGGAACAUUAUUCGGCAACGCCACACUGGCCACGCGGCGCAGGAGAAGCACGACGGCGCAGCUGCCUCACAAGAAGCUACACUCGCGUGCCUUUUGCUCCUACAUCCAGGUGCAGUCCGGCGACACAUGCACAACGCUCGCGUCUAGAUGCGGCAUCAGGGGCUCCCAUUUCACGACGUACAACCCAAAGAUAGACUGCGCAAACCCAAACGCCCUACAGCCAAACCAGUAUGUCUGCUGCUCGGCCGGCGACUCAGGGGGGUGGAAACCCGUUCCGGGCGAUGACGGGACGUGUGCCACACAUCUCAUCGCGUCUGGCGAUACGUGCCAAUCCCUGGCCCUUCAGUACGGCCUGACAGUGGACGAGAUCGAAGGCUUCAACAAGGGCAAGACGUGGGCGUGGACCGAGUGCAAGGACAUGCUGAUAAGCUACAACAUGUGUCUGAGCUCCGGCAACGCGCCUUUGCCGCCGCCGCAGGAGGGAGCGGCGUGCGGGCCGCUGGUGCCGGGGACCCUACAGCUGACCGACGGCACGUCUAUAGCGGACCUGAACCCGUGUCCCCUCAAGGCUUGCUGUAGUAACUGGGGCUUCUGCGGACCGUUCCCGGAGCACUGCGACAUACACGCGCCGGAGGGCGGCGGGCCGGGCACCAAGCUGCCCGGCUUCCAGAGCACGUGUAUCUCCAACUGCGGCAACGAGAUCAAGCAGAACUCGGGCCCGCCGGCCAGCUUCUCCCGUGUGGGCUACUAUGAGUCGUGGAACAUGAACCGUGACUGCCUCUGGCUACGUGCCGAGAAGGCCAACACCGACGGCACUUAUACCCACAUGCACUGGGGUUUCGCCGAGAUCGACCCAAACACGUGGAAGCCUGUCAUCACCGAUCCGCACGGUCAGUGGGACGCAUUCAAGAAGCUGGACCUCAAACGCAUUGUGUCGUUCGGUGGCUGGGCCUACUCGACCGAGCCGGCCACGUACAACAUCAUCCGCCGCGCCAUCAUCGACAACCGCGAGACUUUUACAACAAAUCUUGCCCAAUUCGCCAAGGACGAGGGAAUCGAUGGCAUCGAUAUUGACUGGGAGUACCCGGGCGCUCCCGACAUCAUGGUCGACGGGCAGCCCAUCGGGCAGGCCGGGGACGGUGUGGCGUACCUGCGGUUCCUGACUUCGCUGAAGCAGAAGCUUGGCACCGAAAAGUCGGUUUCCAUCGCGGCUCCUGCGUCCUACUGGUAUCUCAAAGCCUUUCCCAUUGACCGCAUCUCGGCCGUCAUCGACUAUAUCGUAUACAUGACGUACGACCUACACGGCCAGUGGGACUAUGGCAACCCCAACGCCUUCGACUCGUGCCCGUCCGGCAAGUGUAUCCGUAGCCACGUCAACCUAACCGAGACGCGCAACACGCUGUCCAUCAUAACCAAGGCAGGCGUCGCGAAUAACAAGAUCAUGGUCGGCGAGGCCAGCUACGGCCGCUCGUUCCGCAUGGCUGUGGAUGGCUGUUGGGGCCCCCUGUGUGAUUUCACAGGGACACGCAUAGAGUCAGAUGCGAACCCCGGCCGAUGUACAGCGACUAAGGGAUAUAUCUCCUUUGCUGAGAUCAACGAAAUCAUCACGCAGGGGUCGUACUCGCAAAUGUUCCACGACGGUGACUCCAAUACGGACGUCAUGCUGUACAAGGGCGACUACGUCAGCUACAUGACGCCCGCGACGAAGCUGACGCGGCGCGAUGACUGGAAGACGCUGAACUUUGGUGGAAGCAUUGACUGGGCCGUCGAUCUACAGACGUUCGGUGACGAUGACAUGAAAGUUCCGCUGGACCGCGGCGGCGACACGGGAGAUGAGGGCUGUGUGUCGGGCGAGGACAGGUCUACAAACUCGGGCGACCUGUGUGAGUUUACCUGUUCCCUCGGCUUGUGUCCGGACUCGCUGUGUAUUUGCGUCACGAGGGGCGAAAUGCUGCCAAUUCCAGCGGAGAACCCAGUCCAGGGAGACAUAAUCGCCUGGGACGACACUGAUGUCGACCUGAACCGGCUGUGCCGCUUCGCCUGCUCGCACGGCUACUGCCCGUCCGAGGUGUGCACGACGGCCGUGGUCGACGAGGACGAGGAUGGCGGCGUCAUCGAGGUCGGCUGGAGCCCCGAGAACCCAAACUACUUCAACUACACUGAAGCGCGGCUCGCCAACGCCAAUAGGUGCCUCAUCUACCAGAAUCCCAAACUGAGAGACGAGGCCCAGUUCCAAUGCUACUCUUACUGCAAGUCACAGCUCGACGAGGCCAAGGAGGAGGGUCGAACCUCCAACUACGGUUGCAUUGGCUUCUUCGCGACCAAGGACUAUCCCAAUGGCAUUCCCUGGGACAAGUACCCGGGAACGUCGUACUAUGUCGCGCCCGGCACCUGCUCUUGCGACAACUACCUGAUCAAUGAGAUCGCGGAUACGGUGCUGGAGGCUAUGCCCAUCAUCGCCCAGAUUAGCUGCUAUAUCCUCAUGUCGUCACUGAAGCUGGUGCUGGACGUGGGCGCCAGCCUGAUUCCGGGCGUGGGCAAGAUUCUGGAUGCUGGACUCGACAUGGCCACCACGGCAGCGCAGAUGGCCGCAUACCUGUAUCCCGAGGAGGAAGACCCCGAGGGUGCCUUCUCCUGGUGGCUCAGCCCGUGCGGCGGGACGGAAUUGGUGCCGGACGAGAUCAAGGAGAUCUUUGGCAUCCUCAGCUCCGUCGCAGACGGAGUUUCGAGCUUCAAGAAGCCCAAGACGUCCAAGGGCAGCGGCAAGAAGGGCGACGAGGCAAACCCUACCGACCGGUCCAAGCCCAAGCAAGGCACGGGCAGCGGCGCCAACGGUCUGGGUAAGACGCAGCCUGGCAGCGGUGGCAUCCGCAAGAGGUGCAACAUCCCCAAGUCGCAGUCGACGCUGCGGCUGGGAGCGGCCAAGAACACCAUGCGCCGCCAGUCGUGCGUGGCCAGCAAGACUCAAAAGGAGGAGCUCAUCAUCACGUCGCUGACCUACGGCGCCCGCGCAACCCAGGUGAAAGCCACCUGCAGCGCCGCCUGGUCGCAAGCCUGCUACCACUACAGCAGCGUCAUCCGCAACAACCAGGCCUGGGCCACCCUGACGUGCCCGCAGGCGGCCGCCACCACGGCCCAUCGCCAGGACGCCCAGGCCACGGCCACCUGGAGCAGCCAGCACCGCGGCUCCGGCUGGACCUCGAACCGGAACCGCCAGUGGAAGGCCUGCGACCGCGACGAGUAUCCACCGGCCUACCUUCUCGACGCCAGCAGCCCCGCCAUCAUCAACUCGGGCGUCGACCGUACCGGCCAGCUAGUGCGCUACAUCCCGGACAAGGACAACCGCAAGGCGGGACAGAUGUGGAAGGGCGCCUGCUUCGCCAGCACCCUCAAGGAGCUGUCCGACGCAAACUUUGACUCGGCCAUCAGCCGCGCCCCGGCGAGCGCAAAGCACAUUAGCCGGCCCAACUCCCAGCUGCUGCGGACGUAUGUGGCCGUCGGCGUCAACACCCACCCCGAGUUCACCAUCGCGUCGUACGGACACUCUGGCAACCCGCCGGCCAACGACGGCCUCGGCGAUAAUAAGUGCUGGCCUAGCGGCAUCGCCGCCAACGACCCGGGCUUCUCUCUGUUGACGUACGAUGCUUACUAUGAUACGCACCCCAUGCCGUACCGGUAUGAUCAGGCGUACGUGCAGGGCGCUAACGGGUCGUGA